AUAAGCACAAGUUCCUGACGCCCCUUUGUAUAGGUUAUUUGUAGGAAUGAAAAUGAAAGCGACUGGUCAGUACAGUGAAGAAUAGGGAAAAUAUUUUCUUUAAAAAAAUUAAACAAUGAAGCAUUGACAUGCACAAAAAGGAUGUUAUCUGAUAUAUAAUUUGACAUUAAUAAAUAUAAAUGUAUAUAUAUGGAUGUGGAUAUGAGAUGAGGAUGAGCCGGCGCAGUGAGAGGAUCGACCCACUCGCACCUGUUGACCGGAUUCCGGAUUUUCCAGGUUAAAAUGUAAAAUGGCGACAAACCGGAAAUGAAACAGGUGGACGUUCUCAACCCUGACGGUUUACUCCGGUGAUUUGUUUUUGUGUGAAGAAAGUGGAGUUUGUUUUCUUUUUCCUGCCGGAUAAACCCGCAAACAGAGGCAGUAAGUCAGCGCUGUGAGCUCUGCUCCUCUUCAGUGGGGCUGUUUUAUAAACUCUGCUUGGACGGGAAUGAGAAACUCCGCAUAAACAAGCGGAGCGACUUUCUUCACCACACGCACCUCUUGUUCAUGUGGCUGUGACCUGAGGCCAUGGAGGACCCCCCUGUGUGCGAGUCCAAUGUGACGGUUGCCGUUCGGGUCCGACCGCUCAACAGGAGAGAGAGGGAUCUAAAGACAAAAUGUGUGGUGGAGAUGGAGGGAAAUCAGACCGUGCUGCUUCCAGCAGGAAGCAACCUCGGAAAAGGGGACAGCAGGAGUCAGCCCAAGGUGUUUGCGUACGAUUACUGUUUCUGGUCUAUGGAUGAAACCCAGGCUGACAAGUUUGCAGGUCAGAACAGCGUGUUUCAGUGUUUGGGGGAGAAUCUUUUGGAUAACGCUUUCCAAGGCUACAACGCCUGCAUAUUCGCUUAUGGACAAACAGGUUCAGGGAAGUCGUAUACCAUGAUGGGUUCAGACGAACAGCCCGGCCUUAUUCCUCGCCUCUGCAGCUCUCUGUUUGAGCGCGUCGUCCAUGAGCAGAGAGAGGGAGAGAGCUUCACUGUCGAGGUCUCCUACAUGGAGAUCUACAACGAGAGAGUCCGAGAUCUGCUCGAUCCCAAAGGGACUUCUCAGGUGUUGCGAGUGAGGGAGCACAAGGUUUUGGGACCUUACGUUGAUGGACUUUCCCGUCUGGCUGUGACCGGCUAUAAGGACAUCGAGUCUCUGAUGUUGGACGGGAACAAGUCACGCACGGUGGCCGCCACCAACAUGAACGAGGAGAGCAGCCGCUCACAUGCUGUCUUCAAUGUCAUCCUCACGCACACGAUGCGAGACCUGCAGACCGAGAUGAGUGGAGAGAAGGUGAGCAAGUUGAGUCUGGUGGAUCUGGCCGGCAGCGAGCGAGCGGCUAAAAGCGGAGCCUCAGGAGAGCGACUCAAAGAGGGCGGCAACAUCAACAAAUCUCUCACCACUCUGAGCCUGGUGAUCUCAGCGCUGGCCGAUCAGGGAGCUGGAAAAUGCCGGAAUAAGUUUGUGCCCUACAGAGACUCUGUACUCACAUGGCUACUAAAGGAUAGCCUGGGAGGAAACAGUCGUACAACCAUGAUAGCAACUGUGAGUCCGGCCGCCGAUAACUACGACGAGACGCUGUCCACGCUGCGCUACGCAGAUCGGGCCAAGAGCAUUAUUAACCAUGCCGUGAUCAAUGAGGACCCCAAUGCCAGGAUCACCCGCCAGCUCAGGGAGGAAGUGGAGAAACUCCGAGAGCAGCUCACAAAGGCUGAGUCAAUGAAAGCCCACGAGCUGAAGGAGAGGCUGGAGGAGUCUGAGAUGUUGAUCCGGGAGAGGACGAUCACAUGGGAGGAGAAGCUCAGGAAGACUGAGGAGAUCGCACAGGAGAGGCAGAGGCAGCUGGAGAGUUUAGGAAUCUCUCUCCAGUGUUCAGGUAUCAGGAUGGUAGAGAAUAAGUCAUAUCUGGUGAACCUCAACGCAGAUCCUGCCCUCAAUGAGCUCCUUGUCUACUAUUUAAAGGAUCACACGUUGAUAGGCUCAGCCGACUCCCAGGACAUCCAGCUGUGCGGCAUGGCCAUUCAGCCAGAGCAUUGUGUGAUUGACAUCACACCUGACUCAGGGGUGAUAAUCACACCAAAGAGGAAUGCACGUACGUACGUGAACGGCUCUCCAAUCUCAGCCCCAGCCCAGCUGCACCAUGGUGACCGCAUCCUCUGGGGAAACAACCACUUUUUCAGGAUCAGCUUGCCGAAGCCUCGUUCCCGUGCCGAGGUCGAAGAAGGAGGCGUGAAGAAGGCUCUAAGUGUGGAGCAGCUGGAUGUGGAUUUAGACCAAAUAAGCCAGGGGUCAAGCGAGGUCAGCUUCAACUACGAAUACGCACAAGCAGAGGUCAUGAUGAAGGGCCUGGGCAGUGACGACCCGAUGCAGUCUGUUCUUCAUGCUCUGGAGCGCAGGCACGAGGAGGAGAAGCGUUCGGCUCUAGAGCGUCAACGCCUAGUGUAUGAGGAGGAGCUGCAGCGACUGCGCAGACGCCUGAGUCCUCAACAGAGAGGCAGUGAGGUUGGGAAUCCCUCCUCAUCGUCAACGUCAUCGUCUCCAAAAUUACAGAGGCAUCAAUGGCAUGGCAGCGAGGAGAGGGAGGCGGUUUUGGCCCGGAGUCUGCAGAAGCUCAGGGAGCAGAUAGUGAGAGUGAAUCGGAUGGUGCAGGAAGCCGCCUUCAUCGCCGAGGAGCUCAACAAGAAAACGGACUACAGCGUCACACUGCAGAUCCCUGCAGCCAACCUUAACGCCAACCGCAAGAGGGACACUGUGUUGAGUGAGCCAGCAGUGGAGGUGAGACGAAAGGGGAAGGGGAAGCAGAUCUGGGCGUUGGAGAAGAUGGAGAACAGACUGGUGGACAUGAGAGAGCUCUACCAGGAGUGGAAGGAUUUCGAUGAGGACAAUCCUCUCAUGCGCUCGUACUUCAAACGUGCUGAUCCGUUCUUUGACGAGCAGGAGAAUCACAGUCUGAUUGGAGUGGCUAAUGUCUUCCUGUCCUGUCUCUUCUAUGAUGUUAAGCUGCAGUAUGCGGUUCCUAUCAUUAAUCAGAAAGGGGAGGUCUCUGGGCGUCUGCAUGUAGAGGUGGAAAGAGUGUGUGGAACUUUGGAGAUGGAGGCAGGACAGGAGGAGACGGAUACACACGAACGCAAACUAGUCUGUAGGAUUAAGGUGUCUCAGGCCACUGGACUGCCGCAGAACCUCUCAAACUUUGUGUUUUGUCAGUAUGAUUUCUGGGGACAGGAGGAGCCGGUGUCCAUUGCCCCCGAGGUCGAUCUCUCCACACGGUCUACACCGAAAAGCACAGAGCCGCACUGCAGCGUGCUCUUCGACAGCUGUAAGGAUCUGGAAGUGACAGUAACUGAAGAUUUAACGGACUUCCUGUCUGAAGGUGCUGUGGCUAUAGAGGUUUACGGGCACAAAGUAGCAAACCCGCGCCGAAACCUAGCACUCUGGGACCUGGGGGUGAUUCAGGACAAGACUCGCUCACUCAGAGAGAAGUGGAGUGAGGUGAUGAGGAGGCUGGAGCUCUGGGUGCAAGUCUUGGAGCUGAAUGAAGGGGGAGAGUUUGUCCCUGUGGAGGUGACACCUGUUAAAGAGGUGCGCACAGGAGGAGUGUUUCGGCUCACACAGGGUCAGUCACGGCGAAUUCAGGUGGAGGUACGCUCAGUGGCCGAUUCGGGCACCAUGCCCCUGAUGGCCGAGUACGUGCUCAGUGUGCACGUGGGCAGUGUAGAGGUGCAACUGACCUCACAGGUGGGAGACAGUGAGCUGGACAGCUAUCAGGAGAGGGAUUUGGAGCGAGUGAAGGCACAGUGGCUCGCCGCACUCACUCGGAGACAAGAGCACUUGGACCAGCAGCUCCAAAAUCUCGUCAGUAAGCCAGAUAAAUCAGAGGAAGAUGUGGAGAGGGAGGCGCAGCUGUUGGAGUGUCGUCUGACUCUGACAGAGGAGCGGAACGCAGUGUUGCUGCCUCCUGCUGGCAGCGGUAUUCCUGGAGCUCCUGCUCGCUGGGUUCCAGUACCAGGAAUGGAGACACACAUCCCUGUCAUCUUCCUAAACCUCACCGUUGAAGAUUUUCACGACGGUCACUCGAGUCCGCUGGCUGCAGGCAUGGACGCUCUCCUGAGCAGAGAGGACGAGGACGAUUUCUUUGAGCUGCAGAUCGUAAAGCACCAUGAUUCCAAGGUGAAAGCCGAGGCGUCGUGGGACUGCACGGUGCACGAGUGUGUGGAGCUGAGUCGAGGUGGAGGGCCGGAGCAGUAUGUGUAUCUGACCGUACGAGUUGCUGUGCUCCUCAGUCACCCGGCACAGAUGCAGCUGAUUCUGCGCAAACGCAUCUGCGUCAGUCUCGCCGCACGACAGGGAUUCGCUAAAAGCUUGCUGAAGAGGAUGUCUCAGCGGAGCAGCAUUCCUGGCAGUGGAGUCACCUUCGAGAUUGUCUCAAACGUCCCAGGGGAUGCUCAGGGCCCGGAGGACAGAGAGAUGUUGGCUAGACUUGCCACCAGCACAGGGAAAAAAGCAGAGGACAGCGAGGCGGCGUUAGAGAAAUACCUGCACACAGUUCUUGCUGUGGAGAACACCCUCACGCUGGACCGCCUCAGACAGGAGGUGGCGGUGAAAGAGCAGCUUGCCAGCAAAGGGAAGAGUCCGAGACGCUGUCUUAGCUCACCCAGCGUCCACAGGCUGUCUGGGAGCGGGCAAGAUCUUUCAUACAACCAUGAGUCUGGUGUGAACAAAGCUGCUUGGGAGAGACACCAGCAUACAUCAUCCCAUUCUGAACUGCCCCAAAACCCAGAGUCAGGACUUUCAGGCAUGGCCGCCACUUAUUUCUCCCCAGUUAAAGCUCUAGUGACUCCAAUGCCCAAGAUGCUCAAAUCCCUGUUCCCUAAAAGAGAGGAGAAGAAAGACAUGACCAUCCCUCCUCUCUCACAGUCACAGAAUGUUCCUCUCAUAGUAAUUCAGUGUGCAACUCCUCAAGAAAACCUCAGUGCUCCUAAACUGGAAUCUGUAAAUUCCACACCAGUGCCGCAACAAAAUACAGUGACCUCAGUACCCGAAGCUUCAUCUUUCACUGUGGAUACUGCGGAUACUUCACCUGUUUCACAAAUCACUGCAGCUUCAGACAUUGUUACAGACAACACACCUGAUGCCCAGACCAGAGUCACAAAAAGCCAGGCACAGAACCCACCUGAGUUUGUAGAGGGUGCACCUCUGGUUCAGUCAGACAGCGAAGACUUGGCUCACAGCCCAAUUAGCGAUGAGUCUAGUGGCUACAUCUCCACCAGCAUCUCUACUGCAACUCUAUCAGACACUCUUGUCUCAAAUACAGACUUGAAUUUAGUUCCCACGUCAGAGUCAGAAACACAGGAAGCUCUCAAACCCUCACACAAAAUGGAACCAGUGGAAGAUGUUGAUGAUAAAGAAGUGCACUUUGAACCAGGGAAAAUAGCUGAACAUCCAAGGCCAGAAGAUGAAAGCCAAGAAAAUGCUACACCUCCAGAUAAUAAAAAGAAAACCGACGACUCUGAUGAAAGAUUCGAUCCGCUUUCAGAAAGAUCCCCUCUUUCUGAGAAUUUGGUUGAAAUAGAGCCCUCUGUUGAACCAAAAGAACCUGUCCCACUCACUAUAACCCAGCCAUCCCCACCCUCAUCUCCUGAUCCUGACGUCCAUCCCAAAGCAACACACUCCUCAUCUAAAACAAGGAGUUCAGACCCACUUCCUGUUGCCAAACCUUCACCAGCACUAUUAGUCAAACAAGAACAAGCUCUUCCUACCCAGCCACCCACAUCAAACCCGUUCAGAAUAAGGAAGGUGAAGGCUUCAGGCCUGAAAUCAUUUAAAGGCAUCCUUCAGGAGGCAGAGGAAGAGUUGGAUAAAGAAGGUGUGGAUCGUCUGGAGAAGCUGGAGAUCCUGUCUGACUCAGAGGAAGGCUGUGAGGAAGGAGCUCUGCCAGAAUGGUUGAAGGAGGAUGAAUACGUCACUGUAGGCAGCAACAAAAAUGGCACAGUGCGCUACAUCGGACCUACGGACUUCGCAGAUGGAAUCUGGGUCGGAGUGGAGCUCGAUAUGCCAGCAGGUAAGAACGAUGGUUCAGUUGGAGGGCGUCACUACUUCCACUGUAACCCAGGGUACGGGGUUCUAGUGAGGCCGGACCGAGUGGCUCGAGCUUCAGGAACGGCUAAACGACGGAGACAGAAACGGAGCUCGCAGAACCUGUCAGGGUCGAACCCAAACUUAGCAGCCCUGACCGCCAUGGCGAAAGGCGAUGGUGCAGGAGCACGCCGAGGAGAGAACAGGAAGUCCUGGAACACUUGAAUGGGACGCUCAGGAAUGCUGCGUCCUGGAUGACCUGACACAUUAAAAAUUAGCGUUACUAAGUUACUAGUCACUCCCACUGACAAAGAGCUUAACAACCAGUUCAUCUUUGUGCUGCAACGCCUCAAGGACAAAAGCAAAAGCAUCAAUUUGUCAUCUUAAUGAAAAGGAAACUACUUCCUCUGUUCCUUAAACAAAAAAACGUAAUGAAAAGCUGUGUUCAGUGAGCUUCAUGAAAAGCAACGCUUUUCAAAAAGUUUAGCAAAAGCUACAGUUCCUGUCCGUCUUUGGGGAGAGGAACAAAACAACAUCCUGUCAUGGAAGAAUUCCACGCUGAAGGAACGCUGUAUUUCCUCUCUGCUGAAAAGACCUGAACAAAAAAGAAUACACCAUCUCCAUCUUUUGUUCGGCUUAAAAUAGAAAACUCGAUAGAGAGUUUGCGAGACGAACAAAAAACAAAACACUUCUUUUGUCUUUCAUGAACGUUAGGAGUUCCUUUGCAUUUUCUCAGAAUUUAUGAAAAAGCUAAGAGUGACACUUUCACUAUGGGCAAGAAUUACUUAGCAAGUUAUGACUCUUACAGUGUUACAGAUCAAACAUCAGCCUUCUGGCUCGUUCCUAAUGACACACAGUUGUAGGAUGUUUUAUAAUCCACUGUACUGAUCAGUAUUUAUGUACGAGUUUUAUCUGUUGUAAGUGCCUUAACAUCAUCUUAUUUACUUUUAGGAAAAUCUCAUGGCCAGAAACAUUGUGAGAUUUAAUUAGUCAAAAUGACACGCCUCAGAACGGUCUGCUUCUGGAGACAGCUUCUGCUUCUGUGUGAAUUUAAAUGGUAAAUAUGCACAGGGGUGUACAUUUCUUUAAAAAAAAAAAAAUUAGGGUUAAGGUUUGCUAAGCUUUUGAGUCUGUGUUUUUAUUAUUGGUUAAAAAUAUAUAUAUUUUAUAAGACCGCUGGGUGUGACAGCUACUUCAUGUGAAUUAGUCUUGGGGGACAUGCUUUUAAAAAAUAAUGGUGUUUUAUCAUAGUGUUUGAAGUAUUAUGUCACAUACAGUUGUGUUCAAAGAAAUAGCAGCGCGUUAAUAAAAGUGAAUAAAGUGCAAGUAUUUUUUGAUAGCUUUUCAUUUCCAUAUUUCAAACGGUAGAGGAAACAUUACACAUUCAAUUCCUAAUCAUUACAGGCAGUAAAGAAAAGCAAUAUUAAUCUGUUCAAAAAAAUGAGCAAGUGUUGACAGUGUUGAGAUUUAACUUCACUUUCAUUUACUGAGCUAAUAUUUAGUUGCAUUACCACUGUCUUUGUCAACCAACUUCUGGCACAUAGAGACGGGUAUUUCAGCCCAAGAUAAACGAAAUACAUUCCACGGUUCCUGUGAAUUUUUGGGUUUUGCUUCAGUAACUGCAUUUUUAAUGUCAGCUCACAAGUUUUCAAUGGGGUUGAGGUCAGGGGAUUGAGCUGGCCACUCCAUUACCUCAAUCCUUCUUGUCUGGAACGAAGAUAUUGCUUGCUUACUCGUGUGUUUGGGGUCGUUGUCUUGUUGAAACACCCAUUUCAGGGGCAGUUCCUCUUCGGCAUAGAGCAACAUAAUCAAAAGAAUGUUGACGUAUUCAAACUGAUCCGUAAUCCCUGGUAUACGAUAAACAGGCCCAACACCAUAGUAUGAAAAACAUCCCCAUGCUAUGUUUUUUGCACCAACGUGCUUCACUGUUUUCACAGUGUACUGUGGCUCAAAUUCAGUACCCGGGGUCGCCUGACAUACUGUGGGUGACCGCUAGACAACAAAAGAACUAUUAACUAUCAUCAGUCCACAGAAUGUUACGCCAUUUCUCUUUGGGCCAACCGAUUUGUUCCUUGACAAAUUUGAACCGAUUCUGUACAUCCGUUGUUGUUGUUUUUUCUUCAACAAUGGUGCUUUACAGCAGCUUCGUGCUAAUAGCUUAGCUUCGAUCAAACGUCUUCUGACUGUAUCAGUACUUACAGAUCAUUCUAGAUCGUCUUUGAUCUUUCUGGAGAUGAUGAUUCGCAGAAUCUUUGCCAUUCUGACUAUUCUUCGAUCCGUUUUAACAGUAGCUGCUGAUUUUCUUCGCCAUUUUAAUGCGUUUGAGAUCAUUUUAGCUGAGCAUCCUAUAAUUGGCUGCAUGUCUCCAGACGUUUCCCCCUCUCCAAUCAACUUUUGAAUCAAAUUACUUUGUUCCUCUUGGCCCGUUUUACUUAGCAAUUCAGAAGGAGAUAUAUUUUUAUAGCAAUGUGUGAAACAUUUACUUCCCUUCUUCCUUAAUAAAGGACAAUUAAUGACACCCGUUUUUUCACUGAAUGAAUGAAUAAAUUCUCUAAUUAAACUCCACACUGCUAUUAUUUUGAGCGCGCCCCUUUAAAUGAAUGAGUAGUGCCCAAUCUACAAGCAAAUGAUUUGGAAUGGAGAACUAUCACUACUGCUAAUAAUAGUGGUCCAUCACGUUACUGAUGUAUUGCUUUUUUUUUUUUUUUUUUUUGAACACAACUGUACGAGCACACACUGUUGUUUGUAUUACACACUGUAAACUGAUUGAACAAAAAUCUUUGAAACUUUGAAUCAAAAGCACUACUGAUGAUACAAUUAAACACAGAAAACUGCUUUCAGAUUGUAUAUGUAAUCUGUGAUGUGCUGUUAUUACUGUGGACUCUGUCUACAAUCAAGGAUGGAUUAAUCAAGGUGGAAAGCGACGUAAAAAUCACAGUAUACUAUUAAAAAAAAAGAAAGUAGCUCUGGACAAUAUUGGAUUGAUUAUAUAUAAAAUAUGAUGACAUAGGUUUAUAUUAACACACUCAUUCUAAUACGUUAUCGUUUCUAUAGUAACAAUUUACACAGGGACUUGUAUAGAGAACAUCCUACAUAAAUGCAUAUUAAAAGAUGUGUGUAAUCAUUUCUGGGAGUCUUCAGUGUCAGUGGGAAAGCGGUUUCUUGUGGUGAGAAACUUAAAGGAAGCGGUCCGGACAGAGUGCGUUGGGGUUUCAGUAACUCCACUUCUCCUUAUUCCACUCCGUCGUUGAUUGUAUUUACAUCUUAUGUAAAUGUUCAUUCGAGGUGCAGUGUGGUGUUAGAAUCAGGUUACGAGAGCUCCGGAGUGGCGUAAGAGAAAAGUGUUUAAACAUUGUGAGUUUGAAUCCUGGGUACAUUUGCCCCCAAUAUUAUUCUCUAAUACUCUCUUCAAUGCUAGACAUCUUUGGAGGUGAGCACUAACUACCUUCUUCUGUACGCACCCAGCUGUAUCCUCACACUGUGUAGAGCCAAUUCCUCCUCUUUCAGGUGGUGGUUCUCGUGUAAUAGACAGAGCUAGUGGGUGUGAACUGGAAAGGAGAGUUUUACAACACAGUACCUUGUUUUGAUAAAGAGGAUAAAACCAGACAAAACUAUCUCCACGUUAUUUUGAUCAACAACUAGGCACUAGGAGUGGCCAGAUGAAUAGCUAUAGUAUUAUGGAAUUAACUAUUCUAGUGCUCAACACUUACAGGGUUGCAUUAAUUACUAUUACAAGAUUGAAUCAACACUAGUAUUGUGACUUUAGUGUCAAGGGAACAUAUAACAUACAAAUAUUACACCUACAGCGCCCUACCUGUGUAUUCACACAAAGUACUGCACAUUAAAUCUAGAACUAUACAGUUUGCUGGUUGAGGUAAAUACAUCACUAAGGCUAGAUCGUUGCUAAGCAAUGAUUAAUGGUGGUCCAUAUUUUGUUUCUUCUCCAUGGUGUAGCUCAUAAGCACAGAGGUUCAAAACGGCGUUUCAAAUAGACACCCACAUGGUUACCACAAUGUUGAUUAGCAUGAAGACCUACAGCGUUCAGGUUUCUUUUUAAGGAUUGGAUUAUUGGUGUUGAAGUAACCAUAACAGUGUUGAAUUAAGUUCGCUGCCUACAAAUUAACACACACACACACACACACACACACACACAUACUGAAGAGAUUAAUGGAGCUGAGAGUGGUGUUCAUCAAUAUACCUUUAUUCUCUAGUAGAUACAAUACUAAAAUAAACACAAGUUUUAAAAAAAGUCAUCUUAAACAAAGAAACUGUACAAAAAACGCUAAUAUAUACUACAGUUUAAUUACAGAACAGUCUACUGUCCAAAAAAGGCACUAAAGUCUUAAAUGGGACAGAAUGAUUGAGAUCCAACUUACUUAAAAUCAAUACAUUUAUUUAUAGUUUUAUUAUUAUAGUGUAUUCUUUACGAUACAUCGUUAUUGAACUGUCGAUAUAAACUAUACGCAGAGGAGAUGUUUAUGGACAGAUGAAUGUGAACCCUGAAGACUGGAAUACAAAGCACCCCCUUUUUUUCUUUUUUAAAAAAAAUUUAUUAUUGAGUGCUUACCCUUAAAGACUCAGGAUUUAAGCUAAAUAUUGAAAUAUAAUACUAGUGUGUGUUGCAGCUGAGAACUAUGUUUUCCAUAUCAUAUGGCUUAUAAAGCCCAGUCAAGGUGAUAACAGUUUGGCACAGUGUUUGUGUGUGUUUAAAAGCUGCAACAUCACAAGUACUCGUGCUGUUUUUCAGCAUAAACACAGUGUAUGUUAGAGUUACACUGCAGUACGCCGGGGG